AGAAAUAUGUAAAAUCAACACCUUGACGAAACAUAAAAUUGUCUACAUAACAACAACAGGAGUUCCAAGAUUUCAGCAGACACUUUGUGAGUGUUCGAUAACUUCAAACACUUCAGACGUUGAUAUUUCAUUCUCUUUUGUUGAUGGUAUGGUUCCUCAAAGCUUAAGCUUUAAAGCCAACAGUAAUGAAAUAGAUUCAGGAGAGAAACAUACAUUCACAACAGGGGAUCGAAGUCUUACGCUUUCUGUCCUUACAAAUAAAAAUUACACAUAUGAAGGUGUUUGCUUGAUGGUUUCCUCAGAUACUUUUUUCAACGUUAAAUGCGAUCCAACGCAACAAAAUUCAUCAACGUCAAUAUCAACGUCAACGUCAUACCCUAAUUCAAGUGUUGUGACGGAGAAAUAUAACAGGAAAACAACUGACAAAGACGAAAUUAACAUCAUUAUACCAGUUGUUGCUGCAUCUAUUGCUGCUUUCGUCUGCUUGGCAGUUGUAAUACUUAUCGUUAUAAUUUGCAGAAGAAGAUCUACGAACAGAAAUAAACAGCCAAAAAUAGCCAUCCAAGGUGACACAAAGAAAAGUAAUGAAGAGGAAGAUGGCGAUUAUUACAUGACAGAAAAUCCAAUGUACCAAACAGCAGAUACCAAAACGAAUAAAGAUAAUUCAGAUAAUGAGUAUCAUUAUGCAGAAUCUGUUAAACAUAACAAGCAUGUAAAUACUGGCGAUUUAAAACGGUAUUCUGAUUCAAAACAGUUUAUCAACAAAGGAAACCACUACGAUUAUUCAACCUGCGCGUCAUCUGGCCAGAAAAGAAAUCCAACUAAUAAAGCCAAAACAGUGGACGCUACUAAAAAAAAUGAUAAUUCAGCAGUCAAUGAAAACACGUAUGAUACAACUAGUGCAGCUACUGUUCAAUCAUUCCAGGGAUUUAAUGAAUAUCACCAUUUAGAUAACGCAGGACCAAUGAAAGUAGCGGUUGUUGAUGUAUACAAUACAAUUGGUAAUGCUAGCAAGUUUUCUGGUCAUAAAGACGAGGAAGACGUUUCCCAUUAUCAUGUUACAAAUUCACGACAAUACUGACGUGCUCUUUUACAGCCUGACAUAUUUGUUUUUAACUAAAAGUUUAUUAAGAACUCUAUUUUCUGAUAUUGAUUUACUAAUCAUUUACCGUCUAUAUUUAAUGUUAUCAUCAGUUUCGAUUCCGUAAAUAUGAAGUGAAUGUCUACAUUCUAACUUUAAUGCUAACUUCAUUUUAAUACAUAUAUGUUAAUAUUUUAAUAAGAGCAACUAUACACUUUAUCUACAUGAAACCUGAAACUUGAAAAUUUAAUUAAACGCCUAUUUCUACGUACAAACAUAUUUAAUGUCGCUACAACAUCUAAAAGUCAUUAACAUUAGUGAAUAAAAAUACACACUACUAUACAUUUACAUCAUGGAAUAAAAAGUAAAAAAAUA